CUCGGCUAAGCCGAUCGGCUCACGGCUAUGCAGAGCCGUUUUGCAUCACUAUGGAUUGGGUAUCGAAUCCGUCUGAUCUGAACGUUACUGACAUUUCUCCAGGAAUCCAACAAGUUCAAUAUCCAGAACCUGAUAAUAUGAUUUCUUCGUCUCAGUUCUUGGAAGAGCAAAUCCAGAUAAUUUCUUCUCAACUUCUUACAGAGAACCAACAAAAUAAAUAUCUGGAAGAACAAAUCCAG